UGUACACAGUACUACAAUGGUUUCGGUAGCGUCACCACUGCUGCUGCUGUUGGUUGCGUUGGCGUCCGUCGGAGCGCGUGACCUGUACCGUUUGCGGCAGCACGCCGGUGCAGACGAGGGCUACGGCAGCGCUGCUGACGUCGGGGACGAGAACUACGAGCUGCCGGAGCUGCUGGCAGCCGACCCCACGCACGGCCUGGUGGGGACCGGGCUGAGGAUCAAGCCUGAUGGUCGCCAGGCGGGCGCAGCGCCCAGCUUGGGCAGCAUCCUCACCGCACUGGGAACAGCUGGACUGGGCGGCCUGCUGACCCCGCUGCUGGGCCAGACGGUGGGCGGGCUGCUCGGAUCUUCUCUGGGCUCCGGGCUGGGGGCCCUGGCUUCGAGCCUCGGCCUGGGCGGAGCGGCCGGCGGCCGACGCCCUGCGCCCUUGCAGCAGGACUUCUCCACCGUGAUCGCCACCAGGCUCGCCGAGAAGCCGCAGAGCCGCCCCGCAAACCACCAUCUGCCGGGGAACGAGGAUGAGCAAGAGCACGCCCUACACUAUGAGGCGUACCUGGUACAGGUUCCAGGAUUAGGACCCUGCAUUGUCCUGGCUCCUCAGCAACAGACGUCAGGUGGUCACUACAGUGAGCAAGCACUGGCGACGCCCCUGGGCCCUGUGUCGCUGAAGCCGUUCCAGCCGCCUCACCAGCAGGACUUCCACGACCACGACCACCACCUCGAGCACGAGGCACCAGCGCCACCACUCAAGAAGCCGGCUGGGGCCGCUCGUGCGAGACCUGCUGCCAGCCGCCUCAACGAUCUGCGAGAUGCCUACCAGAGAUAGCUUGCGGUCGGGUGCUGAACCUCUCAGAUCGUCAAGUGGCACGUCAUUCACGUUCACUGAAAGCGCAGAAAUGCACUGUUCGUAUUACAGCGAGACACAUUUUCCUCUUCAUUUGCUGUUUUUUGCGUCUAUUGUAGUAUGUGGUGUUAUACUGCUGUAAUCGAGGGCAUUUCAAUGAGCUUCACCUUUUCUCAUCGCAUCAUCCCACUCAUAAUGACGACACGAUCUUCUUAUUGGCUGCUGUUGCACUUUUCGAUUUUUUCCCCGCAUCAUAAGACAUAAUUGUUACUCAGUCACUGAAGUUACAUAAUGGCAAAUACGACCACAUGUUAGUUACCUCUUUCAGGAUGAAGGUUUUCAUAAGUGACCGAAUAAUUUUUCUAGCAGCGAAUUCUGUACCAAUGAAUCGUCCAUUCCACUUUCUGGCACAUGGAUAUUUUAAAAGUUCUUAUUAUAUAGUCACUGCCGAGUUUUUUUCAGUCGGUAACUAUACUGUCUCCCUAAAUAAACCAAGAACUGGAACAACGUCCCGUCACAGUCGCCACUUUAAAUAUAAUAAAAUAAUGGAAUAGAUGAUACUAAAAUGUUGGAAUGCAAAGCUUUUUAAAAUGUAUUGAAUUAAUGAGAUUAAUUUGUUGGCAUGAAUGAAAAGCACAAUAAGCUGAGCUAUGACUGGAAAUAAGUUCGUAUUAGUUCAUAUUAUUUUGCAGGGGGAAGUAGUUUCUUUCGCCGCUGUAGAUGUGUGCUUACCACUCUUUAUAAUGCUACGUUUGGUCGCCGUGUUCACCUUUGAAGUCUUGAGCGUGUUCCCGUUAAGCUUAUCGGAUCUUCCCAAUAUUCCAAAGUACACAGGUCGGCUUCAGUUCUUGUAAUUAUCGUACUAUUUGAAAUAACAACUCACACGACCUCUCUGUUAAUAAAACAAUACUGUAUUUUCUAAACGGUGCACAUAUGAAAUACAUACUCCUCACUUAUUCAUAGCGACUCCAAAAUGGCGGUCUACAAUUACUCGCUUAAAACGGCGUUCUUCACACUCGUUCACUAGCUGAGCUCGAAUCCUCCCUUCCUCAUACUGGUACAACAAAAACUCCUCUGUUUUUUAACAACUGAACGUCACAAAUAAAUGACGAUAGGCAUGGGCUCUAUGGUGGGCUACCGCUUCAUCUUCUCUCUUUGCCUUUAAAGAAGACGAAAACAUAAAGGAAAUGCAAAAGGUUGUCGCAUAAGUCGAUAUAAUUUUGAAGUGACCUACACUUUCCUGCUCGUUGAAUGUGAACGUUUAAUAAUGAGUUUCCGGCAGAAGUGCUGCGGGUGUAACAGCACCUUGUGUUCUCAGUUUCGAUCCAAUAAUCGUACAGGGCAAUACCACCCUUAUAAAGACAUGGAAGAGCAGUAUCCUAAAUCGUGCUUGGGAGAAAUUAAAAAUCAAGUCCGCAGUUCGUAAUAAAUUGUUAAUGUAAUACUGAAUAGCAAUAGAGUUGAGCUAACACACGCAUACGUCAUACCAGAGACAGCCGCGGCAUCAUUUAUUAACGUCCACGAACGAAAAGGAAAGCAGCAUUUUCAGGUGAACACGUUUGCUUAACUUGCUGUGCGCCUCUUCAGAUAAUCACUUGUCUUUUAUUUAA